ACAGAUUUUCUGAGCGCGUCCGCUAGAGAAAAGUACCAGGAGGCCGCCUGUCUGGGGGAUAUUCCAUAGCAACCGUGGAUAAACAUGAGUUACUACAGCAUAAGGCCCUCCUCCUCCGCCAGCUUCUCCUCUAACGCCACCGCCAGUUGCCUUGAUGAUGACACCACCAGUCUCAGGCAGCAGAAGUUGGAGAAACAGAGGGCGCUGCUGGAGCAGAAGCAGCGGAGGAAGCGGCAGGAGCCCCUGAUGGUGCAGCCCAACCAGGAGGCCCAGCCGCGGCGCUCCAGCCGGCCGCGGCGUGGGGAGGAGCAGGCCCCGCUGGUGGACCUCCGCCUGGCCGUCACCGCCGACGCCAUCCUGGAAGGCAUCGACGGACCCGCUGCCUUCCUGGGCCCCGAGACCCCUGACCUGGGCUCCAAGAUCCAGGUCACCGCCGCCUCCUCCACCCCCGGACAGUCGCGGCCCCCGCCGGGGGAGGGGCCUGAGAGGGACGGGGACACGGUGUCGCUGCUGGAGCCCAAGACGGACCUCCAUGAGCUGCUGCAGAGGAGAGGUCUGUCGGGCAGCAUGAAGUACGACGAGGAGCCCAGCGACGAAGACGAGGACAACAACGUGGAGCCGGAGGCCGAGCGCACGCGCUCCCUGACCCCCAACGCCGACGCCACCGCCUCCACCCGGCCCGCCUCCGCCUCCAGCGCCAAGUCCAGCUCCGAGCCUCUGUCGUCGGGCUCGCCCACGGCCGACGGCCCCCCGCUGGAGGUGGACGACCUGGAGGAGUUUGUGGUGCGGCCGGCGCCGCGCGGCGUCAUCGUCAAGUGCCGCAUCACGCGGGACAAGAAGGGCAUGGACCGAGGCCUCUACCCCACCUACUUCAUGCACCUGGAGAGGGAGGACGGGCGACGGGUGUUCCUGUUGGCGGGCAGGAAGAGGAAGAAGAGCAAGACGUCCAACUACCUGAUCUCCGUAGACGCCACCGACCUGUCGCGAGAGGGGGAGAGCUUCAUGGGGAAACUACGGUCCAACAUGAUGGGCACCAAGUUCACCGUGUACGACAGCGGCACCAACCCGGGCAAGGCCCCCGGGGCCCUGCUGGAGGAGAGCAACACGCGGCAGGAGCUGGCCGCCGUCUGCUACGAGACCAACGUCCUGGGCUUCAAGGGUCCGAGGAAGAUGACGGUGAUCAUCCCCGGCAUGAACAUGAACUUCGAGCGCGUGCCCGUGCGCCCAAGCAGCGAACAGGAGAGCCUGCUGAGCAAGUGGCAGAACCGAUGUCUGGAGAACCUGAUCGAGCUGCACAACAAGGCGCCCGUCUGGAACGACGACACGCAGUCCUACGUGCUCAACUUCCACGGCCGCGUCACCCAGGCCUCCGUCAAGAACUUCCAGAUCGUCCACGACAACGACCCCGACUACAUCGUGAUGCAGUUUGGCCGGGUGGCGGAGGACAUCUUCACGCUGGACUUCAACUACCCCAUGUGUGCCCUGCAGGCCUUCGCCAUCGGCCUGUCGAGCUUCGACAGCAAGCUGGCCUGCGAGUGACCACCACAACCACCACCACAGCCCCCAGUGCCCGCUUUAGAUUAAACACCGUCUAACAGUCUAACGCAGGAACGCUUGUUUCAUAACGUGUGUGUGUGGGUGUGUGUAAGACAUUAGGGGUGUUUCAGAUCGUCUGCAUUUGCGCGCAAUGCAUGCACGAGACUUGAGAACAUCCGCCGGAACUAGUCAGAAACACAUCAAGUUCCCCCCACGUCAAGUCGGACACAGGUGCACUUCUCGUAGUUUGAACAAGCAUAGUUUGGGAGAGGGCACGCCUCUUUCAAAGGAGAUGUGUAAUUUCUCACGUGGGAAAUUCCACGUGGUGAUUCCAACCAACCAGGGCAACGUUUUGAUAUGUUGAGGGGAAUGUCUUAUGUCCACAUUUAUUUGAGACCAUAUGCACAGAAAUGCAGACAGACGGAGCUCCCGCGAGUGUUUAAAAUCAUGUGACAUGUCGCAUAGGGAAGUUAUCGCCAGCAUUUCUGACGUUUUGAUCCCAGAAUGCAUUAUGUUAUGCGAGGCAACGCAACGCAUGCUUGAUCUGAAACUCGCCUAAUGAGAGUCUGAGCGUGUGUGUGCUAGUGUUGGCUCGUUUGUUUGCGAACCGGUUUCGAAUGAACGAGUCUUUAGGACGACCGAAUCGAACCGAUUCGUCUCUCGGUCGUCUCGUUCACCAUUCGAUUCACCGGAAGCUCGACUGAACGAACGAACGAAUCAUUAAAUCCACCACUAGUGUGUUUGUGUGUGUGCGAGGCCACUGGCUCGUCAGCAGCCCACUGCGCGUCCAAGGACCCCCCGUGCGGUGGGGGUCCGUGCAGUCCCUCGCAGACACUGACCGGUGACGAAAUGUACGUGACGGGCACGUUAAGAGUAUGAAUCCGACUUCACUCCACAUUAUGAGGUUUAAAAAAAAGUAUAUAGGCUUAUUUAUAUAUAUAUAUAUAUAUUUAUAUAUAUAUAUAUAUAUAUAUAUAUAUAAAUAUAUUGUUUUCCGUGUCUUAGUGAACCAGUGUUUUGCCUCUUUUUUGUUUUGUAUGACGUGAUAUCGUGAUUUGCCUUUGUUAUACAAAAUUGAAAUCGUAAUGAGACUACAGAGCGAGUUGCACAUUGAACUAGUCGGGGGAGGGGCUGGUCUAGGUUUAGGUCAGUCGCGAGAUGGCAUCUGAAAGCCACAAUCUAAAAUGAGGAGGAAUCGUAAUGCCCGACCUGUUUGGGAUGGGGUAAUUAUUAAUGCAUUUUUUCGGUGCAUUUACAUUUACACCCAACAUGUGGAUCUUUAUCCCUGACCUGGUUCAAACUCCUGAAUGAAUCACGAUUAUGAAUUACUGUUAACACUUGUGCCUGACAGUUCUGUUUUUUUUGUUUUUUGUUUUUUUAAAAGCUACAAUUUGUACAAACUAUUUAAAUAAAUAUGGCAUUAAUAAGGCAUAACAAUUCUGAAGUAUCGAAAGUCAUUUUUAAAAAACCUUGGUUGCAUCUUAAUAAAUACGUAUAUGUCACUGAAUGCCUGCUUCUUAUUCACACUAUCAUCGCAAACAGGAACAUACUGUCUGUCUUUAACAAUCUUAUCGCUCCGUUAUCUAAGCUGAGGCUCACGAUGGCGACGUAAACCUGCCCUGGAUACGGUCGUUGCUCUCAUCAUAUUCACACCAAGAUAUUUAUGAAACGUACACAUAUUUAUGUCACCUUCACGGUUAAUCCCAGCUGGUCUGAGCUUGUGGCCGUUCAGACCAACGCAGGCUGACCGUUCGACACCAGAAGACACAAAGGACCACGUUGAGCCACGAAAGCAACAGCAACAGAAGGACACUGUUGGACCUGCACAGGACAAUGAUUGGGUCUAUGUGAGGUCUCUGAGUCCUUUUGUAUCCGAACUACAGUCGUGGCUGGAGGACGAGUGGUCUUUUAAAAGGGGGAGCCCCCAUCCCACUGAAUCCAUCAUUUGGUUCAUUUUGUCUCACAAAAUGAAGGAUUCAGAGUCAAGGGUCGAAACACUCAUGAGGGAGAAGUGACCCCCUUUCCUUCCAAUAGUUGGGGUCGCCUUGGACGGCACAAGCUGUGCGACUCAUUUAUAACGAUCACGUUACCUUAAAAAAAUAGUUCAAAUUUGAGCUGGUAAACAAUAGAAUCGUUGCCGAUAACAAAUCUUUGUUAUUACUGGAAUCUCACUUUGGAAUCGGUCAAAUAAGUUUCCUGGCUUGGGUCAAAGGUGUUUCCAACAAUGGUGCUUUGGAAGAAGAACAUCACCAAGGUGAGUCGUUAUGACCCCUUCAUGACCUUUCACCUGUUGAGAACAUUUAUAUUGUUUGUCUCUUACAAAGCUACAGGUAGAUACAUUGGUCAAUCAUGCAGUCAUCGCAUGCAGGAUUUUAUUACAUUUUUUGAUAGGGAGAUCCUUCUAGCCUCAACGUAAAUCAAUGAGACCAAC